UGUACAACAGCGAAGACACAAGAAAAACCACUUCCCCACCUCCCGUUCUUCUUCUUCUCUACUGCUUCGAUCCAAUUGUCAAUCUCUAAUCUUUCCCCAAUGGCCACGUUACCCCUUCUCUCCCCUUCUUCCGUCAAAACUUCCUCCUCCGCCAUUCAGAAUACAGCCACCCGUCUUAUCCUGCGAAGCCCCUCAUCCUUUACCUUACGCACCCCUUCUCAUGCUCACUUGUCAAUCAGAGCCUUCUCCUCUCCUUCCCCUUCCCCUCCUCUCACCCAAGAUGACCUCAAGAAGCUCGCUGCCGAUAAAGCUGUCGAAUACGUUAGCAGCGGCAUGGUCCUAGGCCUCGGCACCGGUUCCACUGCCGCCUUCGUCGUCGCCAAAAUUGGCCAGCUUUACAAUUCGGGCAAACUCAAGGACAUUGUGGGCGUACCCACAUCGAAACGUACCGCUGAGCAAGCCGCCUCACUGGGUAUCCCCCUUUCGGUGCUCGAUGACCACCCCCACAUUGAUCUUGCCAUCGACGGCGCCGAUGAGGUCGACCCAGAGCUCAACUUGGUCAAGGGACGUGGUGGUGCUCUGCUGAGAGAGAAGAUGGUGGAGGCAGCAUCGGACAAGUUCGUCGUGGUGGCUGAUGAGACUAAAUUGGUCACUGGUCUUGGUGGUAGUGGCCUUGCUAUGCCCGUCGAGGUCGUGCAAUUCUGCUGGAAGUACAACUUGACGAGGUUACAGGAAUUGUUCAAGGAAGAAGGGUGCGAGGCAAAGCUCAGAUUGGAUGGAGAUGGGAAGCCUUACGUUACUGAUAAUUCAAAUUAUAUUGUUGAUCUGUAUUUCAAGACCCCAAUCAAGGAAGCGGGAGCGGCAGGGAAAGAAAUAUCAUCGUUCGAAGGAGUGGUGGAGCAUGGAUUGUUUCUCGACAUGGCCUCCGCAGUUAUUAUUGCCGGGAAGGAAGGAGUGAGCGUGAAGACCAAGUGAUUUUUGAAUUGUAGGGUGAGAUACUAAAACUGUCAUUGUUUCUCAGUUCGCAUUUUCAUUUCUUCUUCUUAUCCUUCAAAUUUCCUUUCUUGUUGGUAAAUAUUUGGGUUUUCCCCCGUUUGUGAAAUGUAGUCAGAUACUCUGGGUUCUUAAUUAGAAAAGUUGUAUUUUAUCCAUUAUGCUUUA